AUGUCUUCAGCCGUAACCGCCGUCGCCGCCGCCGCCGACGAUGCCGCCGCGGCGUCGGCCGCCGAGAAGAAGCCGCCGCCGAGGAGGUUCCCGCCGCCGUGCUGGACGCAGGAGGAGACCCUGGUGCUGAUCGGCGCGUACCGCGACCGGUGGUACGCCGCCCGCCGCGGCUACCUCCGCACAGCGGACUGGGACGCGGUCGCCGCGGCGGUGGCGGAGCGCUGCCCCGGUACAUCCCCGCCGAAAACCUCCGCUCAGUGCCGCCACAAGAUGGAGAAGCUCCGGCAGCGCUACCGCGCAGAGAAGCAGCGGGCGGCCCUCGCCUUCCCGUGUCCCCCUGGCCGGAACUCCUCGCCGUGGUUCUUCUUCGAGAACAUGGAUGCUAUGGAGAACGGCACGGCGCCUCCGGAGACGGGGCGGAAGCCGGAGGAUCCGCCCGACGGAUCUCAGCUGAACUCCACGCAUCUGGAGCAAAAUCUACUGAAAUUCAAGCUCAAGGCAGCAAAUAACCCGGAAUCCAGCCCGGAAUCAGGACUGAGACUAAGUUCAUCUUACUUCGACACGGAAAUCACCGGCAGAGACGAGCAAGGCACGCCCGAUUUCACAAACCGCGCACCGAAAAUCCACCCGACGAACAGAAUUCCGAUCGCCAUCCCUCAGUUGAGGUCGGUAUCGAAGAAUCCCGGCGAACUGUUCGCCGACCUCGCCGCCGCCGGCGGAUUUUACCAACAGAUGCUACCUCCAGUAUUCAGAACAAACCAAUUCCGAUCCGAUUACAGUCCACCAAACAACAACAACAACAACAAUUUUGCAGAUCCAAGCAAGAGAGCAAGCUACUGGUCAAACACAAACCCGAAUUCGGAUCCUCGACCUGCCACCCGCGGAUCCAAAAGGGGGAGAGAAAGAGAUGGGCUAGCUAAGAUCGUGGAGUCUAUCAAGCUGGUGGGCGAGGGGUUUUUGAGAGUGGAGAGAGAGAAAAUGGCCAUGGCGAGAGAGAUCGAGGGGAUGCGCAUGGAGAUGGAGAUGAAAAGGAACCAAAUGCUGCUUGAAUCUCAGAGGGAGAUUGUGGAGGCUUUUCGCAGGGGGAUGUUUGAGCUGAAGAAGAUGAAGAAGGAGGUGGGAUCCGGUGGGGAGGCAGGUGCAGAUCCCCAAUUCUCUCCUAUUCCCAAAUUCUUCUUUUUCCUUCCUCAAAUUCUCGAAUUCCAUUCUUCUUCUCCACGCCCUCGCUCAGAGCUCCCGACAACCGUCGUCCGCGGCCAGAGGUGGCGGCCUGAACUGGAAACACAAGGCCGUGACCUCGCGGAGUGCGUCGACGAUGGAAACACAAGGCCGAGAGCAGAGAGAAAGGAUUUAAGUGGCGAUUUUUUUUAUCUGGAUUUCGAGAGCUUGGAGAGGGUGAGGAGGGCUGGAGGAGAGCAGAACCAGGCGGCGGCUAGCGACGUGCGGCAGCCGCAGAAGGAGAACAGAUUGGAAUAA